AUGGUGCACGGCGCCUUCCCUAGCUCACUGGCCGACGUGGCGGUGUGGCUGGCCCGGCCAGGGGAGAGGAAUGCAGCUCGGCGCGGCGAGGCCCACCUGCCCAAAUUAAACGCGGCGGACCCCCCGCCGAGCGCUGUAAAUCCGUCUCUCCGGCCGGCGCGCCGCGAGGCGUCUCCGGCGCCACCCCCAGGCGCCAAGUCACGCCCGACGCCGCCCCCGGGCGCCGAGUCACGCCAGGCGUCACGCGGCGCCGCGGCGACGUCGCGGGCUUGUCCCACGCGGCGGGGGCGGCGUCGCGAACCGCACGUGUCGACCUCACGCUUCGCCUUCCUGCCUACCCUGACCCCUUCGCCGCGCCCCGUCCGCUACAGCACGUCAGAGCCGGCCGCUGCUGGUCUGCCUCCUACGGUCCUACCUGCAGCUGGGUGUCGCGGCCGCCAGGUCGCGCUGCCACCUCAUCCAUCAGCGCCGCAACGCCACACAAAUUCCGUCGCCUCCGGGAAGGCGUCCUCAUGCGGCGGACCCCCGCUCUCCCGCGCCGUGCUUCACUCUGCAUUACGCACGACUUACGCGUGCGUCACAGCACUUUACACUGGGUUGGCAAAAUGGGAGCACCUUGAAAAUGCAGCCUGA